UGAAUGAAAUUUAAUAGCUUUGCAGAGUUUGACGAUAAGUUGAACUACUAAGGAAUAGUCUCUCCUCAAAGAAAUCACUUUUUUAUAACUAAAUUUCCAGGACAAUCACAACAAAAAUGAAAAUUGAAUUUCUUCUGAAGUGUAAAAUAGUAAAAAUGGCAACGCAAUGGGAACUGGACCACCUUCUUAUUAAUUUACUAAUAGUAUUCCUAGUAAUACUUUCGGCACUUGGAAAUCCUCCAAAUUACCUCGACGAACUGGAACAAAGUCCUGAAGUACCCUUAAGAGAACAAAGACCCAAAAGAUCAUCAACACUUAUGGAAUUGGGAUGCCGCGGUCAUUUAAAAGCUCCAUCAAAUAGAAAUCUAUUCUGUAGCUACAAUUCCACAACAACUCCCUUUCUACGAUUGGCUCCCUUCAAAACGGAAGAGAUUAGCCUGGAUCCAUUUAUAUUACUAUUUCACAAUGCCAUCUAUGAUAAUGAAAUAUCAUACUUCACCAAAGUCAAACGAAAAGAUAUGAGAGAAGCUCAUACGGAUAACUACACCACGCCGAAUGAGCAAUAUCGCAUUAUGCAGGUGAAAGUGUACGAGGGAAUCGGUGAUAAAAUGGAUAAAACUCUACUUGAACGUGUUAAAGAUAUAUCGGGCCUUAGUGCUGGAAACAAAUCAGAACUGGCCGCUGGAAAUUAUGGUCUAGGUAGUUAUUUUCCUGAGCAUUCUGAUUAUAGAGACAUUAAAGUAUCCCCUGAACUAAAUGAGACAGGCGAUCGACUAGCCACAAUUUUGUUUUACCUAUCUGAUGUAGCACAAGGUGGUCACACCAUAUUUCCACUUGCCAAUGUGACUGUGCAGCCAAAGAAGGGUUCCGCCUUGUUUUGGUUUAAUUUGCAUAACGAUGGCGAACCGAAUAUAAAGAGUUUACAUGGAGUCUGUCCAAUAAUCGAAGGCAACAGAUGGAUAUUGACCACAACGUUUUUUGAGUGGGAUCAAAUGUUUAGGAAACCGUGCUAUAAAUAAUUUAUGUUUCUUAAGUAUGAAAUUCUAGUAGUUUUAUUUCCAUUAAAUUUCUAUUAAAUGAGCUUAAAAACAUAUAAAUAUUUAUUAAAA